AUGUUCAUUACUCAGGGCGCGGCAGAAGAUCAUCUUCAAUCAUCACAUAUUAGCAUGGCGCGUGCUGAAGGCACACUUCCAAUUUCUCGAGAUGAACUCAUAAACGCUAUCGAAGAAAUUGUCAGUGAUCCCGCAGAAAUCAACGGUUUUGAGUCCAAAUUCAAUCGAAACUUUGACGCUUUCUGCGAAGAAGUGGAUUUGAUAUUGAGGCAGAUAAUGGAAAGAAAGCAAAGAGGCGACAAAGAAGCACCAUCGUUGCGGUCCGAUGAUCUUGCAGGGAACCGCAGGCUAGAAGAGUCUGUUGCCUCAGAAACCGACAGUAAUACUUUCGAUGAAAGCGCGACUGAUGUCAGAAGAGCAGUGGGUAAGAAUGAGGGAAAUUCGAGAAAAAAGGAUGUGCGGUCAUGUCCUGAAUGUGGAAAGUCUAUCUUACGGAAGAGCUUGUACGUUCAUCUCCGAGGAGUUCAUUUCUAUAGUGACGAACAAGUAGAGCAGCAGAAGACUGAAAUGAGAAAAUCGGCCCCUGAACAUGACCACGUUAUAUGUCCGUUAUGCGGAGAAAGCCUCCAAAAUCAAGAGUGGCUUGCACUGCACUGCGAAAAGGAGCACGCAGAAGAUGGGGCAGGUGGAGAGCCUCAAGAUUAUACGGUCUUCACGAUUACUUUCGCAGCGAAGCAGGACUUCGAUGAGUGGCUCGAGGAAUGCCAGCAGCAAGCGAAUACUACGUUUUAUACGCGCAGCAGCCCGAAAUUGAAAGGCACUAUCAGUCUCAGGUGCAACAGAGCUGGAAAGUACGUCAAAGAAACGGAGAAUCGAGCUACACAUACGGAAAAAGAUGUAUUGCAUUGUUCGUGUUUCCUCAAUGUAAAACUUGAGGACAGAGGAAGAGUAACCGUGAGAGGCUGUCUGGGCCAUGUCGGCCACAGAGUUGAUACCGCCCUUCUACGCUUGACCGCAGGACAGCAGGCUUUCCUCAAGGCACUGUUGGAAGAAUUCUCGCACGACUACAUUAUCCAACGCCUCCGAAGAGAUUUUCCUGCUCGAACGUCGAGGUUGCACUUCGUAACCAAGGGCGAUCUCUGGAGUCUCGUAAAUCGAUUUGGACUGAGACCAGGAUUCCGUUAUAAAGAUGACGUGCUGUCCUUGAAAGCAAGGCAGGACGAAAGGAACCCCGACGACGGUAUUAGACUCUUCAACAUGCCUAGGGAUCCAUCUGGAGAAGGCUUUCAAUUAAGUAAGGCUUGUUGUGCUCAUGACGCUGUACUGUAUCGUAGAAUCCUUUAUUUAGUAAUUAUAACGCCACAGCAAGUGAAGUGGUUAGAAGACUUUGCGCAUCGAGGAAUAUGUAUUGAUGACACACACAACGCCACCAGAUAUAAUCUCAAGCUUGCAACAAUCAUGGUCAUGAAUGAAAGGGACACAGGUUUGCCCGCAGCGUUCCUACUGAGUGGCUCGAUGAGUUCCCAUGACGUGGAGAAACUUUUCCUUGAAGUCCGACGCUUGGUACCAGGAUUCGACCCAGCACAGAUAGUAACUGACGAGGCCCCCUGCUUUUAUAAUGCUUUCCGAUCGGUCUUUCCCAAUUCUCGGGCGAAGCUGCAUUACUGUAGGUGGCAUGUGGAGAAAACUUGGCAUAGGAAUGCAAAUAAGUUGGUCGAACCUCGAGUUCGAAGUAGGGUGAAGAAAAUGUUGAGGGAUAUCCUCGUCGUGGAAGAUUUGCCCACGUUUCAACAGCGUUUUGGGCAAGUCCUGGCGUUCCUGCAAGUAGAGGGACAAGUAAAAAUGGAGGAAUACUUGAGGCGAAAUUAUUUGGGUAGAACGCCCACAUGGGCGUCAUUUGCUAACGCGAAUGCCAUAAUGGAUACUAGUAUGAUAAGUGAAAGGUGGCAUCUCCGCCUCAAAACAGAAUUCCUUCACAGGAAUGCUAACAGUAGAGCCGAUUGCCUCGUCGAUCUCCUCAUUAGGGCUGUAGAAGAACUUUCACAAACGGAUGAGAUUAAGGUUCGUCGACGACUAGCUGGUCGUUCUUAUCGACUCCAACAGACCACUGUGUGUCACCGCGUAGCUAAACGUCAAUUCGACCGUCGUCUCGUCAGGAUCCGGCAAAUAAGCCCCGAGAAUUGGGAGGUGUACACCAUUCAGUCCGGAGAACUAUCGUACGUACGCCGUCGUAAUGAGUGUGGUUGCAGUGAUAAUGUCGAAGAAAAUGUUCAUUGUCCACUGUGUUCAAUUUGUCCGUACGCUUGGUCGUGUUCUUGCCCGGACAACCGCUCUGGAAUCAGCUGCCGCUUCACUGUCUACCUGCAAACAAACGAACACAGGAUACCGUCACGCAGUCGCAACCUCAGGAAUGCAGCAGAGCUAUUUGAGGAGACAAUUACUCCUUCGUUUGAUAACGAAGUAAGUCUUGCUCAAGAAAGAAAAGAAGAGAGAAGUCAGAUAAGAAAUUCUAUUAAUAUGAAAGUAUCUUUGCUUCAAAGUCAUGUGAAUGCUUUGGUCAAUGAAGAUACUGAAGAUGCCAAGAACAUGCUGAGUGAAAUCGAAGCUUCGAUGGACAACAUUUUGAAAAUCAGGACUGCGCCAUUAGCCGGGAUAGCAGUUCGGCACGAGCUCUCGAAACGUGGGCGAAAACCCAAGCAGCAAAAAGUAGAGCUCUAUACUGUGAGUGCUUCGAAGUUUACAUUUGACACACUUAACAUCAAAGGAAGAAAGUUCCAGCGCAAAAAAUGUCGUGCGAAAGCCACCGGCGAACAAGUUUGA